UGGCGGUUGCACACGGGGUUACCUAACAUCACGCCCGGUGCCCCUGUGUGAUGGAGGGUGGGAGACCGUGUACGAACGCGGAUAGGCCCGGCAGUCGGGUUGUGGGCGGAGCUAAUCGCGGCCUGACAGGUUGCUCGCCUGCUCCCCCCCACCACCCCCCCGGCCGAGGACGGUGGCCGAGAGGGCGGCGAAUGGCCGCGGUUGUGCGAGGGAGCCGUUGCUGCCUGAGCCGCUCUUUCUUGCCGUUGCCGCGUCUCUCCGCCUGCGCCGCUGCCUGGCGUCGCCUCACAGGCAUGGCUACCGCCUCCUCCUCGCCGUCCUCCCCUGACGAGGCUCCUCGGUGGCUCGGGGCGCUCCGGUUCGACAACCGGGCGCUGCGGGCCCUGCCGGUGGACCCGAGUGAGGAGAACGUGCCUCGGCCGGUGGCGGGCGCUUGCUUCUCCCGGGUGCGGCCGACGCCGGUGGCCAACCCGCAGCUCGUCGCGGCUUCGGCGCCGGCUUUGGCGCUGCUGGGCCUGAGGGAGCCCCGGGCGCCGGAGGAAGAAGCCGAGGCCGCGCUCUACUUCAGCGGGAACCGCCUGCCGCCGGGCGCCGAACCCGCCGCCCACUGCUACUGCGGCCACCAGUUCGGCAGCUUCGCCGGGCAGCUGGGCGACGGCGCGGCCAUCUAUCUGGGCGAGGUGCUGAACCCGCAGGGCGAGCGCUGGGAGAUCCAGCUGAAGGGCGCCGGCCUUACCCCCUUCUCCCGACAAGCAGAUGGUCGUAAAGUUCUACGGUCCAGUAUAAGAGAAUUCCUUUGUAGUGAAGCAAUGUUUCAUUUAGGAAUACCCACAACCAGAGCUGGAACAUGUGUAACAUCAGAUUCAGAAGUUAUUCGAGACAUUUUUUAUGAUGGUAACCCCAAAAAAGAAAAGUGUACAGUUGUCCUGAGAAUAGCACCAACAUUUAUUAGGUUUGGAUCAUUUGAAAUUUUUAAACCAGCUGAUGAAUAUACAGGACGUAAAGGUCCCAGUGUUAAUAGGAAUGAUAUUCGAAUACAAAUGCUUGAUUAUGUAAUCAGCACUUUCUAUCCAGAGAUUCUGGAAGCAUAUAAAGACAAUACUGUUGAGAGAAAUGCUGCUUUCUUCCGAGAGGUGUCAAAGUGUACAGCAAGGAUGGUUGCUGAAUGGCAAUGUAUUGGAUUUUGUCACGGUGUGCUGAACACUGACAACAUGAGCAUUGUUGGACUUACAAUUGACUAUGGACCUUUUGGAUUUAUGGACAGAUACGAUCCUGAACAUAUUUGCAAUGGGUCUGAUAAUGCUGGACGCUAUGCUUAUAAUAAGCAACCAGAAAUUUGUAAGUGGAAUCUAGGCAAACUUGCUGAAGCCUUGGUCCCAGAACUCCCACUGGACAUCAGCAUACCCAUUCUGGAAGAAGAUUAUGAUGCAGAAUAUGAGAGGCAUUAUUUGCAAAAAAUGAGAAAGAAACUAGGAUUCAUUCAACUCCAGUUAGAUGAAGAUGAUAAAUUGAUUUCUGACUUCUUAGAAACUAUGCAUGUGACAGGUGCAGAUUUUACAAAUACUUUCCGCUUGCUGAGUUCUUUCCCAGUAGAUGCAGAUCCGUUAAAACUGGAAGAUUUCUUAGACAAGAUUUCAAAUCAGUGUGCAUCUUUGGAAGAACUGAAAGUUGCUUACAAGCCUCAAAUGGAUCCCAGGCAACUUUCAAUGAUGUUGAUGUUAGCACAGUCUAACCCACAACUAUUUGCCUUAAUUGGAACAAAAUCUAAUAUAAAUAAGGAACUGGAGCGGAUAGAACAAUUCUCUAAGCUGCAGCAAAUAACAGCACCAGAAUUGCUUAGCAAAAAUAAAGGUCACUGGAAAGAAUGGCUGCAAAGCUACAGAACACGACUAGAGAAAGAAAUGGAAAACAUCAGCAGCACUGAAGCCUGGAGCACUGAGCAUGUGAAAGUUAUGAAUUCAAACAAUCCAAAAUAUAUCUUGAGAAAUUACAUUGCUCAAAACGCAAUAGAGGCAGCAGAAAAUGGCGACUUUGUGGAGGUAGGAAAAGUCUUGAAACUCUUAGAAAAGCCCUAUGAGGACACAGGAUGUUACAGUGAGGAGCCAGAGGAAGAGGAAGAGGAAGCAGCUGUGGCUGCAGCAUCUGCCUGCAGUUCUCCAGCCCAAAGGAGAGUUCCAUAUAACAGUAAACCUCCCCUCUGGGCUUCAGAGCUCUGUGUUACCUGAUCUUCGUAACUGCCUUGUUAGUGUUUUCCACAAAGAGGAAGGCUUUCUGAAUAGUGGAGAUUGCAACAAGGUGCCACAGAAAUGCUAUUUAGUAUCAAACAGAUAAUUUGGAUGUCUUCACAGGUCUCACCUGAACCAUGUCCAUUUUAUACAACAUGACAAUCAACUCUUUGGGCACACUUGUCAGUGUUCUGCAAGACAGGCCAAAGUUUUCUCUUCUCUCCAUUAUGCAGUAAGUGCUGCAGAAUUUUAUGCACAAUGAUCUGUGAACAUCUAAAUUAAAUCUGUAUUUGUGAAGGCAAAAAUAGCAAACCCAAUGUUGGAUCUAUUUUUGUCUGAAAAUUAACUAAUAGUAUUUUCUGAUAAUGUUUAUAAUACCUUUCUUAUGCAGGGAUAAUUUGAAUCUCUCUCAGUGGAGGGAGAGAGUUUAAGCUUAUCAUUGUUUAUUUGAAGCUAUGUUUCAUCUAAUUGUGUAGUUUAUUUGUCGUGAACUUCUAUAGUCUAUAUAAUGUUUUUAGAAAAGUUGUUGGACAGUGGGGAAGAGAUCACAAUAAUGUGCAUUACAAAUAGGAAAUGGACAGUUAAGAAAAAGGAUGGGUUUCAAGUUUCAAGUUAGCUAUAUUACAUACUAUAAUUCAGUUUCAUGUAAGAUGAUGCGUGAACAUAAACAUGUCACUGAAUGCAUCUCCUGUUGGAUUAGAAAAUCCACGCACAAAUAGCUGUUACGCUUGUGGUUCAGAAUUACAUUCCUGCUUCUGUAUCUCUACAUACAGUUCAUUUCACUGGAUCAGAAGUUGUGCAAUCCUCCCAAAGGAAUGUUCAUAGCUAAUAGCACCAAUUCCUUUUGAACAUUUGAUAGUGCUGCCUUUUCUCCUACCCCCAAAAAUGAUUAGCCAUGAUGGUGGGUGUAUCUAGAUACCAUAAUAAGCCCAAAGUCUGCCUUGUUAUGCAUGCAGCAGCUUGCUGGUGUGGCUCUCCGGUUGCUCCUUCAACAAGCAGGAGCAUCUAAACAGUGGUCUCUUGACAUCCAGAUGUAGCAGUUUGGCUUGCUUCUCCCUGACAAGGCGGAAUAAAUAACCCAUAAGCCAGUGUGCUGGGUUUGAACAAAAUAAUAAGCAAAGCCUUGACAGGAGCUUCAUGAUUUUGUGAUUGCUGUUGGUGGUUUUGGUAGUUCCUGCUUGAAGUGGGAAUGAUCAGUUUCUGUCCUCCACCGUGUUGCUCAAAAACAAAAAGCCAGGAUUCUCUGGGGUUCAGCAGUAACAGAGUAUUGCCAAAGAGUGCACUUUUAAGCAAGAUUUAUCCCAACAGAGUAGUUAGUUGGAAUGUCUUGCAAAUAAACUGCUUAGUGUUAGUUUUUCACUUUAAAUUGCUAUGUAUUUUCAUAUUUGCCUCUUGGAUAAUCAAUUUAUUUGCUGUGUAUUCUUGAAGGCUUUCAUGGCCGGGAUCCGAUGGUUGUUGUCGGUUUUGUGGGCUGUUUGGCCGUGUUCUG